AUGUCUUCCAUUCGCCCCAUGGCGCGUGCCAUUGCCACUCCACAGCGCGGCCCUCAUGUGGCUGAUCUGGUGGAGUUGGAGCAAUCCUUGGAGGCAGCCAAGCAGCUCUUGCAGAAGCUGGGUCACUUGCAAGGGCCUGCGCGACAAGAUCUGCUUCGGAGGUUGAAGCCGGAAUUCCAGGCUUGGCAGGAGCAGUGGGACACUGAUGAUGGUGCCCUUGAACCAGAGGAAGACCUCUCGGAGGAGGAAUAUUGGGAUUCAGAUGGGGAUGGUCAAGACAUCAAGAAGGCCCGUCGUGCUCCUCCAGCGCUCACUGAUGACUACCCCAUGGUCUGGGGGCAGCACCUUCCAGGCUAUGCUGGCUUCAACCAGAAAGCCCAAGAGUGCCUGAGGAGUUUGGCAUCUUGGCGCUCCUCCACGCAGGGCCAUGUGGAGCUCUUGCCUCAGCAGAAGGUGGUAGCGAACCUCGUUCACCCACGUAGUCCUGUGGCGCGGCUGCUGGUGGACCACAACACCGGCAGCGGCAAGACGCUUUGUAUGAUCAGGGUCUUGGACAACUUCUUCUUCGAUGCGAGGGCAAAGAUUGUGAUCUUCCCAAAGGACACCGUCGUUGACAACUUCUACUCCUCCUUGUGGGAGUGGCCGUCUCGGUGGCGCGACUACUGCUGCCAGCUCAACCAGGAGAAGGCAGCCCUAGCUUGUGGACACUCGGAUUGGCGGGCUGUGCGCUUUGAGCGGUGGUGCCUAGCACAGAGCUCUGGGCUCCAGGCCAUGGCACAGCGAAAAGGGCUCAGUCUUCAUAUGGUCAUCAAGGUGGAGAUGAUUGCAACCAUGCGGCAGACCUUGGAGAUGAAGCGUGCUGUGCGAAGUGGAGCCAUGCGCCAGGCCUUUGUGCAGAAGUAUUGGCAGUCAAUGCCAGGGAACGAAGACGUUCAUCCUCCAGCAGCCCCCUUACGUGCCUACCGCUUCACCAGCGCCGGCGGCCGGGCCGCCGAAGUGGUGGAUGGCUUUCCCCGGGCAUGCAUCUUCAAGGUUGGGUUCAAUGCCAGGGAGGCAAACCCAUACUCCAACAAGGUGAUCUUGUUGGACGAAGCUCACCACCUCACGCGCCCGAACAAGCUCUACCAGCAGUAG